GUGCUCCAGGAUCACACCCGAGUCAAUUACGAUUGGAGCUACAUGGUAGCCUGGGUUGGCGUCGGGUGGUCUUUGGUGGCAGCAAUUUUGUUCUCUGGAGCCGCCAUGUGUCUGCGAGGGGAGAGGGAACGCGAAGAGGCUAUCAACAUGCAGUACCUAAUGCCUGUGUACCCACAAAAACAACAGUAUGCCUAUGCCGGCUAUCCAGUACCACAACCCCAGCAGCAGCCUUAUGCAGGACCUUAUUAUACAACGGGAUCAGCAGCAUAUGGACCAUACAACUAUUGACCAACUGGAACGUGAAUAAUAUGAAAUGACUGUCUUCCAUUACCUGUUUUUAUUUCAAUGAUAUAUUCACCUCUCUUGACAUAGAAAUGACUAUGCUGCAAUGCUCAGGCAAAAAAUAUUUGCCCAAAUUUUUGAAGUGUAUUUUCAAUAUAGAAAUAUCUGUGUUGAAUCGCUCAGAUAAAAAUACUUCGUGUGUCUGUGACUUCUUUGUCUUCCUCGUUGAUACUUUUCUGAAACUGUAUUGGUUCCAGGAAUAUGUUGUUUAUCAAAAAUUCUGUGUAAUAUUACCUUACUUUUUGUA